AUGGUGGUGACAACGGCUGUUACCGCUGUUACCACUGUCACCUUUAUCCCUACCCCUACCCCCACCGCCACCGUUGUCUUACAGAAAAAGGUUACAAGUGAAAUGUUUACCAGUCAACCAAAUCCAGCACAGGGUCCCCGGUUUCACCUUUUUUCCAGUGUGCAACUUCCGGGAACCUGUCAAGUCAACUCUAUAGGUUUGCUUAGCCUUGGAGAUCACAGAGUGUUAUUUCAGAUGAUACCAGAGCAUGUUAAGAAAACAUGGAACGAAUGGGCACUGCAGGGACUGGUUUUCGUUAGUGUUGCUUCACAAAUCCUCUUAUUUCUACUCGGAAACCUUCGGAAAUAUGAUCAAAGAACCCGAAUCAGAAUCACUCUCUGGUGUUCCUACUUACUUGCAAAUGCCGUUGCAUUAGCAGCUCUCGGUGUCAUCACCCGAACCUCCUUAGAUGUAUGCACCGAUUCUCGUUCAAGUUCACAGGACCGGAAGCUAAACACGAGCGAGCUCAUGUCGUUUUGGGCACCAUUUUUCCUUCUUCACCUUGGUGGUCCGGACAGCAUUACCGCCUACUCGUUAGAGGACAACGAGCUUUGGUUAAGACACUUGGUGGAACUCGUGUUUCAAUUAGGGGUCGCUCUCUAUAUCCUCUUGUUGUCGUGGCCAGGUUGUUCUAGGCUCCCGUUACUAAGCAUAGUGGUUUAUAUAGCCGGUGUCAUCAAGUGUUACGAACGUAUUCAGGCUCUACGGUUAGCCAACACCGAGAAUCUUCGUGACUCGAUGCUUGGUUCACCUGACCCGGGUCCGAAUUAUCCCAAAAUCGUGGAGGAGUAUCAAUGGAAAACGUCUCAAGGGUAUGUUGUGGAGAUUGAGGAAGACCAUAAUGCCCCUCGUCCAGCAAAUGAUCAUUCAUAUCCCGAAGGUGGAGGUAAGGUGAUAUCUGAAGCUUAUAAUCAAUUCCAAACAUUCAAGCGGCUUUUCGUCGAUCUCAUUCUCACGUUUGAAGAUCGAGAUAACAGUCGACCGUACUUCCGCUAUCUAAAAUCCGGGAAAGCUUUUGAGGUUGUUGAGAUUGAACUUGGAUUCGCAUACGAUUUGUUUUAUACCAAGGCAAACGUGGUCUAUACGUUUUCCGGGCUCAUACUUCGAUUCACGAGUGUUGUUCUUGCUGUUACAGUACUCGUGGGGUUCGGUUUUCUUUGUGAUAUUGACUAUUACAGACCGAUCGACAUUGGCAUAACUUACCUGUUGAUUGCAACCACGAUCCUAAUGGAAAUCUUUGCAGCUAUAACUAUGUUGCGCUCCGACUGGACCGAUCAUUGGCUGAGUCAACACAAACACACUCGUGACUUCCUCAUAUUCCCGUUCUUGAAGCAGCCAACGAAACUCCGAUGGUCCAAUACCAUCACGCAAUUAGACUUAAUAAGUCUCGCCCUUGAGGAAAAGCCCGCACGAUUCUUGAAAGUCGAAAAAUUCUUUGGGGUUGAUAAGUAUCGAGUAACGCAUCGUUAUAAGACUUACAGCAAAGUUUCUGACAAUCUAAAACAUCUGAUUUACACUCAAUUUCACGAGUUCAUGGAUUCUACCUCCGAUCCGAAAGCGUUAUGUAGUCACAAAGGUAGUUUUUCGCUCCGCAAGAAUGAGUGCGACGAGCUUCUAUGGAGUAUCACAGAAGUGGAAUUCGAUCAAAGCAUUCUUAUAUGGCAUAUUGCUACCACUCUUUGCUAUUACUUGGAUCCUGACGAUAAAGAUCAGGAUGAUCUCAUGGAUGUCUGUAUAGAAAGCAAGCACAUAUCUGACUAUCUGUUACAUCUUCUCAUGACGUACCCCAAUAUGUUGCCGAUAGGUAUCGGGAUGAUCCGGUGUCGUGACACUUGUGCCGAAGCCACACGCUUCUUCAAAGAAAAGGGAAUUAUCGAAAAGGUCGAUGCCUGCCGAAAGUUACUUGAAGUUGAUUGUACCAAAUUGUCGCCCAGUCAAGUGAAGGGAGAUAGAUCCAAAGCUGUGUUGUUUUAUGGUUGCAGACUCGCAUCAACUUUGAGAAAGAUGGGAAGAAAACGGAUGUGGAAAGUCGUGAGUCAAGUAUGGAUCGAGAUUCUAGUUUACGCUGCUACUCACUGCCGAGGGGUGCACCAUCAGCAGCAGCUUCGAAAAGGGGGCGAGUUUUUGACUCAUGUUUGGCUKUUGAUGGCUCMWUUGGGCAUCASAGAGCARUUCYAGGUGYAUCAAGGCCAUGCUCGAGCUYGGUUCAAUGUMACGUAG